GCAAAUAGAAAGAGACAAUUGAUUGUGGAUUGGAUCAUGAAUGAUGGGAACAUGGUGAGAAGAAAGACCAAGCAAUCAUAGCCGUUGAAUCUCUACAAAUCAACGACGCCCUGACCACUGUCGUCUUCUUCCCCAUCACUGCCGGCAUAUAUCUUUUCUUUCACAAUUCCUAUGUUUUUAAAGUUUUGGAAUUGUCAAAGAAACCAAAAAGAUUUGAAAUAGUCGAGAAAAAAAAAAGACAUUUGGGUUGAAUCAAACAACAAAAAUCACCGGAUGUUGGUGUAUUUAUCUGUAAUUUAAAUGGGGUUGCGUCGUCGCCGGCGUUUGUAUUCUUUACCCGUUUCGCCAUUAGUCUUGUUUGGAGUUGUGUUGAUUGUUCUGUGUUCUUCGUUUGUAAAUGGAAAUUCGAAUUCCACGCAAAUACCUAUUACUCCCAUCAAUCACGAUCUCUAUCAUACAAGGGGAGCUUUGUUGGAAGAGAUAGAAUCAUUGGUCCAUAGACACCCAAGCAAGCUCUCUAUGGAGACAUUUUCCACUCAAAACAAAGGGUAUCAUGCAGAGACGACUGUAGUUACUUAUUGCCGGAACAAGAAAGACUGCGAUGACAGGUCAAAGCUUAAGAUCCUUCUUAGUUUUGGGCAGCAUGGGAGGGAGCUCAUAACUACGGAGCUUGCGUUGCGGAUUCUUUCCAUUUUAAGUGAAGAGGAAUUCUUAUCCAGUGCAUACCCACUUAAUUUAAAUAACACGCUUGAUAGGCUUGUCAUAAAGGUUGUUCCAAUGGAGAAUGUGAAUGGGCGUAAACUUGUAGAAGCAGGGGAUCUCUGUGAAAGAAGAAAUGGAAGAGGAGUUGAUCUUAAUCGGAAUUGGAGUGUGGAUUGGGGCAAGAAAGAGAAGGAUUAUGAUCCAUAUGAAGAAAAUCCUGGGUCCGCCCCUUUUAGUGAGCCCGAGACACAAAUUAUGCGGAAAAUAUGUGCAUCAUUUGAACCACAUGUAUGGGUUAACGUGCAUUCUGGAAUGGAGGCUCUAUUUAUGCCAUAUGAUCACAAGAACACGACUCCGGAAGGAUUACCUUCUCAGAGGAUGAGAUUAAUGCUUGAAAAGUUGAAUCGUUUUCAGCUGAAUGAUCGUUGCUUGGUUGGAUCUGGCGGAGGCUCUGUCGGGUAUCUAGCUCACGGGACAGCAACUGAUUACAUGUAUGAUAUUGCAAGAGUGCCCAUGUCUUUCACCUUCGAGAUCUAUGGUGAUAGCACGGCCUCGUCAAAGGACUGCUUUAAGAUGUUCAAUCCCACUGACAUCACUACUUUUAAUAGAGUUCUCAACGACUGGUCUGCUGCAUUUUUUACGCUGUUCAGUUUGGGUGGAGUCCAGAUUGAGGAACUUCAUCCAAAUGCAACUGGAUCCGGUUUUGAGAAGUGGGUCUCUAUCGAUGAUUAUCUGAAUGGUUAUUUAAUGGAAAGGAAAAGUAGGUACGGGAAGAAAAUGGAGGUGCUCGAGCUGGGAAUGCAGGAGAUUAGGACAUACUUUAGAUUGUUCUUGUUAUCAUCUGUACUUCUGAUGUUUAUGUUUUGUUCAAGAAUCUCAAAGAGCGGCCGGCAAAUUGUUUCUGCUAUGUCCUUGUGAUUCUGUGAUGGUAUUCUUUGCUGCCCUUGAGAUUUAGCUAGACAGUUUUGAGAGAGCUAGAAGGUGAAAAAAAGGGCAUGCCAAAAUAUUCUUUAGCUGUGUAAUUUAUUACCUAAUUUCUUUUUCCCUUUGAUUCUAUAUAGAAUGCUAGAGCUUAGAAAGGCUCUUGUUGAUGUUGAAUUGUUAACAUUGUUUGGUUGAGAGUGUGGAUAGAUAAUAUAGAUUUUUGUCAUG